AUGACAUUGCACUGUAAGCCUGUUGCAUCCCGUUCAUCCCUCCAUUCAACCCUCCCUCUCUCCCUCCUUUCUUCCUCUGCUCUUCCUUUCCCCCCUCCCAGCAACGCAAGCUUAAGCGAUAACUACGUUGUGGCCCCCCAGGGGUUCAAGGUCUAUCUAGUUGAUAAUGCCUUUGAGCUCCCUUUUCCGGUGACCAUCACAGCCUUGAAGCACCUCACACUGCUAUCCAUAACGGGAAGUGGUCUCAGCGGCUCCCUGCCUACUGCGCUCUUUACCAUGCCCAAUCUCAAGCACCUUGACCUCACCAGCAACAAGCUCUCAGGCAGAAUACCUGAUGCAGUAGGGCUUGCAACAUGCCUCCAGACCAUGGAUCUAAGCAGCAAUUACCUCCGUGGCUCCCUCCCUGCAUCCAUGGGCAACCUCUCUCAUCUCACACGCCUCACCCUCACAGAUAUGAACCUUCAUGGCUCCUUGCCUGCUGCUCUCUUCACCAUCCCCACUCUCAAGCACCUUGUUAUUACCACGACUCUUAUCUCAGGCAGCAUCCCUAUCGAAGUGGGCCUCGCAACAGGCCUCCACACCCUGAAUCUCGAGAAUAACAGGUUUUCAGGCUCCAUUCCAGAGGCAAUCAGCAACCUCAAGCAGCUGCGAGAGUUGAGCCUUGGCAGGCAAAAACUUUCAGGGUCCAUCCCCGAGUCAAUUGGAGCGCUCACCAACCUGCAAGAUCUGAUGCUGCUUAGGAACAGGCUGAGUGGCACCAUUCCCGCCUCCAUUGGCAACCUCACCGCACUCACCACCCUGUAUCUCUGGGACAAUAGACUUGCGGGGACGAUACCUGCUGGCUUCAGCAAACUCACUAACCUCAGAGAACUUUACUUUGCCAACAACCAGCUGGUAGGGCCGCUGCCCGCCAUUCACCGCAUGGCUCACCUCCAAUACCUGCAUGCUGAAGAAAACUACCUCAAAGCCACAGCAAACCCACUCCCUCAAUGCCCCACCACUUCCACUCCCUGCAACGAUACCUCCGGAUGCCCCGUCUUGUACAUCUACAAGAACUGUCUUGCAAGCGAACCGAUCGGGUGCAACUAUGACACGCAACACGGCUGCCUUAGCACCCGCGCGGUCCUCUGCAGGGAAUUCCAGGCCCAGAGGCAUGACAGCGAGUGCCGGGCGUUCUGUGGGGCGCAGUUUCUCACACCACCAUGCAGCGGCCAUGGCGUGUGCUCCAUCGUGCCUCACCCCUCUUCUGACCUGCCUGUGUGUAAGGAUGAGCACCCGCCGCCGUUCUGCAACCCCAAUGAAGGCAAGGCGCAGUGCACCUGUGAUGAGGGGUACACGCCAGGGACUGCUGCAGGCACUUGUGUCCCUCGAG